CAUCGAAGUAAUUUAAAGACAUCGAAGUAAUUUAAAGACAUCGAAGUAAUUUAAAGACAUCAAAGUAAAUUUAAAGACAUCGAAGGUAUGUCUACGUUUUUAGCCGGCAAGUAAAGACGUCUGGUCAAAAUGUUGCCAGAACUCUUACAUAAUACUUCCGACCCUAAGACUGUUUCACCGUCAGCGGUCAGCAAUUUUAUAUUUCCUAGUCUUUCCGAGAGCAAGCUUGUCAGACAUUUUAGCACCGGAUGUGACGUGUACACCUCGGAACACUACGAUUACGUCAUAAAAAUCAUCCUCCUUGGCGACCAAGGGGUAGGGAAGACAUCCUUCAUCAAGGCGCUUCAAGUUCACCCGGACGUUGUCAAAAUACAGCCCAGGAGCAGCUCCCAUCUUGCGGCAGAUCAUCUCGAGGUGGAGAUCAACACAAGCAGAGGGCAGAAAGCUCUUGUAAGAUUAUGCGACACCGGAGGUCAAGAGCGCUACAGAAGUCUGACUUCCUCCUACUACAGAGGCGCCCAUGGAGUACUACUGAUGUACAACGUGUGCAAUACAAAAUCUUUAGAACAUAUGGAACUGUGGCUAUCAGACCUGGACACGUUCAUCUCAAAUUCUAGUUGCGCCAAGCUCCUAGUUGGCACCAACUGCACUUCAGCCCAGAGAACGGUUCUGUCCAGUGUGGCCAGGAGGUACGCCGACAGCAGGGACCUGCCUUACACGGAGGUAGACUCCACCCAUUUUUAUAACGUCAUAGAAAGCCUGAAGCAGCUCGUGGAGCUCGCCAUACAGGAUGUGACGUCCACGAUCACCACGACAUCCUCCACCAUCAGACCCUCUGGUAAAAAAGAGGAAACUACUUCACCAAAGUUUGUGUGCCUUUGCUAAAAUGCGCAUUGUACAGUCGUUCUAUUAUCAACACUUCAGCCAGCUAUUAAAGUCUUGGAAGAAAACCAAUGCCAAGUACAAGUCAAAAACACUAAAUCUUAAAUAGGCCUACAGUCAGCGCAGGCUUUAUUCUCUUUGACAGAUUUAGGAAACAUGUCAUUGUUUUAAGCAAUGGGGGAGGAGUUAAUCUUCAUUUGUAAGAGUGCCAUUAGCAUUUUGCCACGCCUUAUUACAUAGCUGUCAAUCUCAUUCUGAGGGCGAGACAGUUUGCUGCUAUAUUUUGUGUCGAAUAUUGUUUGUGAGGACUUUCUCUUCAAAUAAAUAACAAAAAAAAAAGGUUUCUUGAAUGUAAAUUAAAGAACGGAAACGGAAGAGCAAUCACAAAGUAAUUAAAGUGUGUGUAUUUGUGUAUUUAUGUGUUAGAGAGAGAGAGAGAGAAAGAGAGAGAGAGAGAGAGAGAAAGAAAGAGAGAGAGAGAAAGAGAGAGAGAGAGAGAGAAAGUAAGGGGUAUAAUAAAACAACACAGAAACGUUCAGAAACGUUUUAAAUCUUCGCCUCCUUUUAAAAAGAUUGCCAAAUGUAACAUUCAUUUUAAAUGUAAUUGUAGAAGCAUCAGUUAUAGUGCAAGUCCACGUUACAAGUUAUUUGGUAUUUCGACACAUCGUCACUAUUUAGGCCAUGCCGCGCCCAUAAUCCCUACUGAAAUGAUCAAUUUAACCUGGACGCAAAUAACCGUUAAUCAGUGCCAUGCACGCAGAUUAAGCUAACAACACUUCAGAACCAUUUCCAACUAUUUCUUGAGAUUACUGGCUAUAGACAAGGAGGUUAGAACGAGCACUACAGAUAUAGGUGAGUGCAGUGCUUCACAUGACUAAGCAAAGCCAGCUUAGACCUGCAUAUAUUGCACACCAGGGGUGUGUGUGUGUGUAUGGGGGGGGGGUCAUCGUUACUUAUAUUUUGCUAAUGAAUAUGAACAAAAUAAAAGGCUUUUGACUUGAAACUCUACAGCAUCCUACGCUAAGUCCACCAAAAGUGUGAAAAUCAAGCAAAAAGUAAUCGAGUUUAAUGGAACAUUAUGUACUGCGAACAGAGGUUUCCGGAGCUGGAUAGCACUGCGUCAUCAGCUGGAUAACACUGCGUCAUCAGCUGGAUAACACUGCGUCAUGGGCUGGAUAGCCGUAAUCCGUUACGAGCUGGAUAUGGCAUGUGGGAAUCACCGAUUUUAUAACAUUUUUAGUUUAGGGUUAGGUGUAAGGGGAGUUAAUUGGGAAAAUUUGAAGUUAUUAUUGUAUAAUAUGGUACUGUCCCUUGAAUGGUUGCUUGUUAGUAUAAAUAGAUUUAAUUUAUUUACAGUUCCACACCAUGUACUUAUUUUUGCUUGUGUAUUUUGCUAUGUAAAUAUUUUCGUAUAUUAAGGAAGUAGAUGUGUAAAUAUUUUAUAACACACUUAUCAGCAGUUUGAGAUUAUUUGAGGAGCAAUAUCCAUCAGUGCAAGUCAUGAUUUCUUUUGUUAGCCAUAUCUUUGUGGUGUUUAAUUCAGCUUUCAUUGUACAGUACAUGGUGCUCCACAAGCAUCGAGCUGAAUGUCCCACUGGGUGAUUUCACGGAUAUUAGGUUGGACUUCAAAUGUAAUAGUCAAAUAGAUUAUCAAUGAUGUCUUCUGAUCACUGCUUGGCCAUUAAAAUUAAUUUCAAAUAAAGUUUGUAUUGAUAUAGCAUCUUUUGAACAAAUCUUUGCCGAAUGUUCACAUUGGUCCGUUUUCGAUAAGCCGUGCCUGGUCAUGCUUGGUUUCUGCCGUACGCUGGCUUGUCUUAAUUGUGUCUAGAGGUCAUGCGCACGACUAUCCCAACUACCUCCCCCCCCCCCUUUCGCCUCUACAGUUAUUUUAUAACAUUAGGAGCUUAUCAUUUAAAUAUCUUUAUCAAUUUGUCUUUAAUCUAAUGGCUAGCGUUCAUACAUUAGAACCUGAUGAAUUUAAACCAUGACUAAACCAUGACUGGUAUUCUCUUAUUUUUUAAUUAUGAUUUGUUUAAAACACCGGCUGGACGUAAUCAUCUUCUUUGAACAAGUAACGUCUAUAGUUCAUAAGAUUAAAGCUGCUACUUUCCAUUAUCUUAUCUUAUAUGAUACAGACGUUACUUCAAAAAAAGAAGACGAUUACGUCCUACGCAUCUUGUAUUCCAUUCUUUUACUUAACAUAUAAAUCUCAUAAUGUUCUCCAUUCGCUUAUUGUUUCUUCUUAUCUUAUAUAAUACAGACGUUACUUCGUUAUUAUAAUUUCGUUCUUUUCUUAAUAUGGACAAUUACAUUUACUCGUGUAGUAAGUAAAAAAUUGUUUUAAAGAAAUGUCUACAAAUUGUAAGCAAAUAUUGCCAUGCAACAGACAUUUUUGGGGGCCUAAUCAAUAAGAUUACUUAAUUUAAACAUGACGUUUUAACACUGUGUUGCUUUGUAAACAUAACUUGAUUCCUAGUCUUUGAAUACCAAUAAACCUUUUCCUGUUGUAUGAUCAAAUAAAUUGAUUUGAUUUAUUUUUA